AUGGUUAAGACUCGUGGAACUUUAGCUGUUAUUGAACAGAUUUACCAUGAUAUUCCAGCAUUCACAGAUGUCUUCACCGAGGAAUCAUUUUAUUUCUUUGCUUUUUGUUUUGUUUGUGCAACAAUUAUUGUUGCCUUUGCUUUAUCUAGAUUUAUAACUAUUAAGCCAGUAGACUUGUAAGUUUUGUUGAAAAUAAUGAAGUCUAAAUAAAUGGCAUUCAUUUCGGA